UUGCUUAUUAAAUAAUUCAUCUAGUCUAUCCAAUUUUUUUACUCGAUACUUAGCGACCUCCACUCGUUACUUCGACUACUCUUCCUACACUUUUUUUUUUAAACUUUUCUUGGUUUUGUCUUUAUAAUAGAUCUGGGUUGAAAUCGAAUGCCAUUUAGAAAAAAAUAAUUAAAAUAUAAAAUUGUCAACUGUUGUUGUUCCAACGUUGACAACCGACACCACACUCAUGGGUACACAAGAAAUGGAGGUUAUGCAAAACACAAAUGGAAAUUGUUACAUAGCGAGGAAUCUAGAUCUAGAAUAUAUAGAUUUGUCAAAAGAUUUUUACAGAAAAAAAUGUAGACCGUUUCCACCAGCUCUCUUGCCAGCAAAACUUCAUAAUGAUUUUGAUUUUUGUAUCAGUGGAACAUGUUUGCUACAUGUGUACUUGGAUCAUAGCAAUUUGACUCAACUACCAACUGGACUAGGCAGGGCACUGCCUUUAGUAGAAAUAUUUUCUGUGAAUGGAAAUGGGUUAAUGUCUUUGCCAGAUGAUUUUGGACAUAUAUCUUCUUUAAAAGCUUUAUUUGUAGGCUACAAUUUCAUUUCAUCCUUACCAGAAUCACUUCAUAAAUUACGAAAACUUCGAGUAUUGGAUGCAACCUCUAAUAAAUUAGAGACUCUUUAUUCUGAAAUUGGACAAAAUGUAAACUUAAGAAUUCUAAAAGUAAAACAAAAUAGGCUAAAAUCUUUUCCAGCUACCUUAGGCCUGUUGAAAAAAUUAAAAGUUUUAGAUGCAGAGGUAAACUUAAUUGAAUUUUUGCCGUCCACUGUGAAUUUCAUGCAGUCUUUAAACAUAAUAAACUUGAAGAACAACUGCUUGAGCAGCAUUCCAGAAACAUUGGGUGAUCUACAACAUUUGAAGUCAAUAGACUUAUCAAAAAACAACUUGGAAAAACUUUUUGAUCGCUGUCAAUCAACCUUAUCUUUAGAAACAUUAGUUUUAGAUAGUAAUAUGUUAAAAAAAUUACCAUUAUGGAUUGGUGACCUUUUAAAUGUACAAGAAAUUUCAGUAACAAACAACAAACUUUGUAGUGAAUUUCUUCCAGAUGAACUUGACAUUUUAUCCACAAAAUUGACAAGCAUAGAUCUCAGUGGGAAUCAAAUAUCUAGAAUUCCUAAUUCAAUUUGUAAAAUUGUUUCCCUCAAGAGACUGUCCAUGGGUAAUUCUUUGGAUGUAACUGUUUUAGGGCCUUGUAGAAAUUGGUUGCAUAUUUUGCCAGAAAACUUAGUGAAUCUUAGACUUCUUACUGUACUACAGCUAGAAGGCAAUCAGCUUCGAGCAUUGCCAGAAGACUUUGGAAAACUUUUGAAUUUAGAAGAAAUUUACUUAGGUUCAAAUAUGAUUAACAGUAUUCCAGAAUCAUUUUCUUAUCUUGCCUCCAUCAGAAUCUGUAGACUUUCAGAAAACUUCCUGAGUAUAUUGCCAGAUAACUUUGGUGCCUUGAUAACUUUAACUGAGCUGUACCUUGAUUCAAACAAACUCAGAAAACUCCCAGACUCUAUGAAAAACUUGACCAACCUAAAGGUUCUAAAUCUUAAAGGGAAUCCAUUCAAAGUAAAUCCUAACUUCAUGUUCACUGAAUUGACCAAUUUAAAGGACUACUAUUCAGAUUUUACAGAUGAAUGUCAUGAUGAAAGUUUUCAAUGUAAAGAUGAAGAUAAUAGAGAAAUAGAAGACAAUGAUCAGUUUGAAAAAGAUUUAUCUCGAUCUGAAAGCUGGGAUGGAAGUAAUAGCACAGAUUCUAUGCAGAAAUCAGCUUUAACUGAGCUUGGUGGAGAGGAGGAAAACUGGGAUGAGGUUUCAGAGAAAGAGAUGUCAGGAAAUAAUGGACAGUUUGAUCUGGAUGAAACAGACUCUGUCCAGCCUCAUCGUCAUGAAUUCUCUUACAUAUUUGGGACUAAUUGGAUCCCUGGUCCAGCUGUCAGUUAUACUAACUACUAUGCUAGAUGCAAAAUUAACAUGUUCAGAGGUUGUGUUACAGGGCAAUUUGAUCAUGCAGAAAGUUAAGACUUGUUUCUUUUAGUUAUUUUAUACAUCAAACAUUUUCAAUGAAAUUUGUUUUAGUCAAACAUUUUGUGAUUUUUCCAAACUUUGAUUUUAAUAUAUUUAACCUUGCCUAUUCAAUGUUUGUUCUUUUAAAUUUAGUGUUUUAGUUAAUAAAUAGUUGUUGUUUUUUUAUUACUCUUAGCUCUUAACAUUAAAAAAUAGUUUUUAUUCUUUACAUGACUAAGUUGUUAUCAAUGUUACAUCCAAAGAUGGUGCUAUCAAGCAUUUUAAGAUAUAUUUCUGUCAUUGUGGUUAAAUCAUUCUAGUUGUCAUUGGGAUAAGCAUUUUUUAUGGAUUUGUGUGUUUUAGUCUGCUUUUUAAUCUAUAUCUGUAAAGAUCCAAAACCUCAGUGUUUGUUUUUUUUUACUUCUAGCAUUUGGGGUUUGUAAAAAAAAAUAGUAGUCUUGGAACAAAAAAAUAUAUUGUCCUUGAAAUAGUUUAGCACUUUUCAUGUUCAAUUGUGGCCUGAAACUGCCCACUAUGGUUAAGUCUUUCAAAUUUUUUUAGAUGUCUAAUAGAAAUUAUGUUGUUUUCAUUUCCUAUUCUCAUUUAUUUUUAUUAUGGUUACAAUAACUAAUUAUACUUUAUAAAGGUAAUAGGUAUUUUUUUUUAAACAUGGGAUUGUACUUUUAUCUUUGUAAAUCAUUGUUUGUUUGGAUGGCAAUAUCAUUUCCAUUGGAAAGGUUUUUGUAUUCAUCUUUAGAACUGAUUAGCCAAAUAUAUGACAAUGUGUGUAUUGAAACGGAAUGCUUUGUAGAAGGGUGUUUCACUUAAACUGUUCUGUUGUAGAGACAAGGUAUUUUAUUCAUGAGGGGGGCAAAGAAGGUAGCAUGUCUCUGAAAUUAGCUCGUUCUUUUUAUUUAUAUUUUUUUAUGUUGACUAAAUGAAUUAUAAUUGUCCAAUUUUAAAGUUGUGUGUAUAAAGUUGUUGUUUUUUUAAACUUUCCGUCUUUCAACUGUUUUUUUGUCUUUUAAAACUUAUUGAUUCAUGACACUUUGUAAUCCUAUUUAAGUGAUGCAAUGAAAACCUGCUAUGUCUCAAUAGUGAUGAAUUUGUAACUAAACUGAAACUCAGAAUACUGCUGCAGCAAUGUUUUGUCUUUCAAAUAAAAACAAGCUCAUGAUAUUAGUACAUCAA